CUGAUUAUAAGUUGUUAGACAUGAGAUUGUAGUUGCUGAAUUAGAACUUGCUGAUUUCAUUUUCUUGUAGAGAUUAAUGUGGGAGGAAUAAUAUCUUCGGCUUUUAGCUGGAUAUACCAAACCACUAUAUAUCAUUGAAACUGCAUCAUUUGAUUGGGAGAAGUCUUCUGAAUUUUCUCUGCAAUUUGAAGGAAUGUCAAAAAUUAGAGACAGAACAGAAGAUUUUAAAGAUGCUGCACGUCGUUCAGCAUUGUCUUUGGGAUAUGAUGAGGCUCCGAUCGUGCAUAUAGCUUCAUAACUCCCUUAUGUCAGCUGGAGAGCAUUGGAGCUCUAGAGCAAUUUUUGAUGAAAUACAAAAAGGAUUAUGUAGAUUUGCACAGUAUAACAGAACAAGAGAGGGAUAGCAUUGAGCAUGAAGUUACUGUUUUUGUAAAAUCAUGCAAAGAGCAGAUAGAUGUUCUCAAGAAUAGUAUAAAUGAGGAAGAUGCACAUUCAAAGGGAUGGCUUGGAUUCAAGGGUGACAAUCUGAAUGCUGAUACUAUAGCACACAAGCAUGGAGUGGUUUUAAUUUUAAGCGAAAAGCUUCACUCGGUCAUGUUACAGUUUGACCAGUUGCGGGCAAUCCGCUUUCAAGAUGCUAUUAACCGAGUAACACCAAGAAGGAAACGGAAGAACUCUACUAAAUCAAAUGCUACAGAGACCUCUGUGUCUAGUAGUUUCGACCCCGACAUGAAAAGGGACUCAGAGAUCAGGGACUCUGAUAUAUCACAAGCAGCACCUAUUAGAGUCCAAGAACAACUUUUGGUGCGCUCCAGGUUAGUAGGAAGUUUGCUGCUGGAGGAUUUAGUUCCGGAAAACAAUCAACAUGUGGAGGCUAAAAUCACAAUCUACUUUCAUGUACUCUUACCUACUAUGAUUACUCACAUGAUGCAGGUAGAGCUGAACAGUCUCCUGGAUUCUGUUCAAGAAACAGAAACAAAGAUGGUGGAAAUGUCUGCGUUGAACCAUCUUAUGUCGACUCAUGUUUUGCAACAGGCCCAACAGAUAGAGCUUUUAUAUGAGCAGAUUAGCAACAUUGUAGCUAUUUUAGUUUCCAGUUGGAUAGAAUUUCUAUUUUGUUAACAUAACAAGAAAGUCAUUUUCUCUCGUUUGUUUAAAUAAUUCUGACAAUCUCUUCAUUUUCUGUA